UGCGCACGCGCACUAUCAAACCCCGCAGGCGAGGGUGGGGCCACGCUGCGUCAUCGGGGCGCGCUCUACGGACGAAGCUGUGGUUGCCGGAAGUUGAACGGCGUAGCAACAAGUAAUGGCAGCAGCCACGGGGGAUCCUGGACUGUCCAAAUUACAGUUUGCCCCCUUUAUCAGUGCCCUGGAUGUUGGAUUCUGGCAUGAGCUGACUCAGAAGAAGCUGAAUGAGUAUCGGCUGGAUGAAGCUUCUAAGGACAUUAAGGGUUAUUACUACAAUGGUGAUUCUGCUGGGCUGCCAGCUCGUUUAACAUUGGAGUACAGUGCUUUUGACAUGUGUGCUCCCACUCCCGCCCACUGCUGCCGGGCUGUCGGGACACUAUAUAACACCAACACACUUGAGGCUUUCAAGGCUGCAGAUAAGAAGCUACUUUUGGAAGAAGCCGCAAACGAGAUAUGGGAAUCCAUCAAAUCAGGUGCCGCUCUUGAAAACCCUGUCCUCCUCAAUAAAUUCCUCCUCUUGACAUUUGCAGAUCUAAAGAAGUACCACUUCUACUAUUGGUUUUGCUUCCCUGCUCUCUGCCUUCCAGAGAGUAUACCCCUCAUUCAGGGGCCAGUGGGCUUGGAUCAAAGGUUUUCACCAAAACAGAUCCAAGCCCUCAAGCGUGCUUAUGAUGAUCUUUGUCAAACAGAAGGAGUCCCAGCGCUCCCUUACUUCCUAAUCAAAUAUGAUGAGAACACAGUGUUGGUUGCCUUGCUGAAAAACUACAGUGAUUUCUUCCAAGGUCGAAGGACAAAGGUGACAGUUGGUGUCUAUGACCCCUGUACCUUAGCCGAGUACCCUGGAUGGCCUUUGAGGAAUUUUUUGGUCCUAGCAGCCCACAGAUGGUAUUUGAGUAGCAGUUUCCAGUCUGUGGAAGUCCUGUGCUUCCGGGACCGCACCAUGCAGGGGGUGAGAGAUGUCGCCCACAGCAUCAUCUUCGAAGUGAAGCUUCCAGAAAUGGCAUUUAGCCCAGAUUGCCCCAAAGCAGUCGGAUGGGAAAAGAACCAGAAAGGAGGCAUGGGACCAAGAAUGGUGAAUCUCAGUGAAUGUAUGGACCCUAAAAGGUUAGCUGAGUCAUCAGUGGAUUUAAAUCUCAAAUUGAUGUGUUGGAGAUUGGUUCCUACUUUGGACUUAGACAAAGUUGUAUCUGCCAAAUGUCUGCUGCUUGGAGCUGGCACCUUGGGUUGUAAUGUAGCCAGGACGUUGAUGGGAUGGGGUGUCAGACACAUCACAUUCGUGGACAAUGCCAAAAUCUCCUACUCCAAUCCUGUGCGGCAGCCUCUCUAUGAAUUUGAAGAUUGCCUCGCUGGUGGUAAGCCCAAGGCCCUGGCCGCAGCAGACCGGCUCCAGAAGAUAUUCCCCGGAGUGAACACCAGGGGAUUCAGCAUGAACAUCGCCAUGCCUGGACAUCCCGUGAACUUCUCCACUGCCACCCUGGAGCAAGCCCACAGGGAUGUGGAGCGGCUGGAGCAGCUCAUCGAAAGCCACGAUGUUGUUUUCCUGUUGAUGGACACCAGGGAGAGCCGGUGGCUGCCCACUGUCAUUGCUGCGAGCAAGAGAAAGCUGGUCAUCAAUGCUGCCUUGGGAUUUGACACAUUUGUUGUCAUGAGACAUGGUCUGAAAAAACCUAAGCAGCAGGGAGCUGGGGACUUGUGUUCCAGCCACCCUGUGGUACCUGCCGACCUAGGCUCUUCGCUUUUUGCCAACAUCCCUGGCUACAAACUGGGCUGUUAUUUCUGCAAUGAUGUUGUGGCUCCGGGAGAUUCAACCAGAGACCGGACCCUGGACCAGCAGUGCACUGUGAGUCGUCCAGGACUGGCCAUGAUUGCAGGAGCCUUGGCCGUGGAACUAAUGGUUUCCGUUUUGCAGCAUCCAGAAGGGGGCUACGCCAUUGCCAGCAGCAGCGAUGACCGUAUGAAUGAGCCUCCAACCUCUCUGGGGCUCGUGCCUCACCAGAUCCGGGGAUUUCUGUCACGGUUUGAUAACGUCCUUCCUGUCAGUCUGGCAUUUGACAAAUGUACAGCUUGUUCUUCCAAAGUUCUUGAUCAGUAUGAAGGAGAAGGAUUUAAUUUCCUAGCGAAGGUGUUUAAUUCUUCACAUUCCUUCUUAGAAGACUUGACGGGUCUUACCCUGCUGCAUCAAGAGACCCAGGCUGCUGAGAUCUGGGACAUGAGCGACGAUGAGACUGUCUGACGGGGCACCGGCUGCUCCCGGGCUGCCUGCUGGGGGGGCUCUUGGUCGCUGGAGCAUGACUGCUACCCCAGGAUGGGAGACGCUGGACCCUGAGCCCCUGAAGACUGCCUACCCCUUGAGGACUGGGGCCUACCCCCUGCUGCCCAGGAGCUUCUGGUAUUCUCUGUCCUCAUCCUAGCAGUUCUGAGCUGAAUAAUAACCUUGGCUUUGGCAUUGCCGCUGAUCUGGGACUCGGCUCCCCCCACCCCGAGCAGUUCUUUUUCUUGUCACCACACGUUUGAUAGUCAAGCUUUGGGGAUUCUUCUUGCCACUGUGCUGGGAGCAGCAGCAGAGGCUCCGGGGAGCACUGCAGGCCUCCGUGAGGGCCACUGAGCUGCGGGCAGGGUGGGAGGGACACACUCAUCCCAGGAAGCCAGAACUCCACACAGGCUUCCUCAUGGGUGGCUUGGAGCCCCAACUCCAGUGUGUGGUGGGGUGGUUGUCAUGUGUGUCUACCUUGUUCUGGGGCCAGGGGGUCUGCACGUCCGCGAUCCUCCCCAGAGCCGGGUGUGGAAUGGAGAGGGAGGUGCCCUUUCCCCACACAGGCGUCUGUCCUAAGUCCUGGAACCAAGAUCACGCUGAGUGUGAGCCUGAUUCCCCAAGAGUAGGACUGCUGCAGGGUGGGUGUUAAAUGAUGCUUCUCAGAGUAAGAUAAGGUUAAAACUGCAGUUUUACAGCCCCUGCGGGUCUUAAAUAGGGGCACCCCCAGUCACAGGGACAGGGCCACUGAGUCCCUCCACCCACCCCAGGCCUCCUGCACACCACAAACAGUCUGUGGUUUAAGAGCACUUUAUUAUUGUUCUUAAGGCUACUUUUAAGUACAAAAAAAAGAUGGCCUGCCAAACCUUUUUUUUCUUCUUCCAGGAAAAACAGGCCACAGAGAAUGGUAUAUUACAGAUUUACAAACAUGGAGAGAAUGGUCAAAAGCACUGCGGGUGGUGGGGCUCUGGGAAGAGCCUUGCUGGACUCCGCCCGAGGCCCCUGCAGGGUCCUGCCUAUCCCAGAUAGGGAGGCCCCGGCCCCCCAGUGUGACGCCCUCGGGGCUGCCGGCUGUGCGGGGGAGCCCUCCGGCAGCGGGCUGGCCUUCUGUGGCAAUGCUCAGUAGCCUGUAGCGGUAACAAACUGGUGGCUGUUAAGGCAGAUGCAGUGUUCUCAUAGACUAACUGUGUUCCUGCACUUUUUUACACACAAAUCUACGACAAAAAAAGAUCAACUUUUUUUUCCAAACAAAAAAAAUGAAUGAUUACAAUAGGAAAGGGAAAAAUUAAAUAGCUACAUAUCAUUAACAAAUUAAUUGUUCUUCAAAAAAUACCUACAAAUUUCUCUGUACAUUCUUUACGCACAGCGUAAUGAUGGUCUUAAAGUUACCUAUAUAAAAAAAGUGUUCUCAACGAUCUUUCCUACAGAAAAUAUAGGGGGCCUGAAUGUGAAAGCCUGGAAGCCCGGUUAAGUGGGAGUGAAACGCGUGCAGGGCAAGAGGAGAAGGGCUUUUCUUUUUGCCUUUUAAAAGACCUGCAGCCCCCCUGUGACCGUGAGAGCCGUCCUCAGACCUUGUCACCCACUCCCUGCCAAUUUCACAAUCAACCAGCUAAACCGAAUUCUCCUGAAAACCAGCCUUGAAGACUCCCCUGAAUCCACACUGCCCUGCAGGUGCGGCAGUCAGGCCCUGUCACCUGGCCAGGUGACUUCCUACGCCCUCUGGGAGGCAAGGCGGGACUGCAGUGCAGGCAGCCCACAGGGACGGGGGCGGAAAUGGGCGUUCAACAAGCCCAGGAGCAGCUGGACACCCACAACGGCGUCUGUCAGGCUGGUGUCAACCUAAGGUCUAGUUAGUUAGUAGCUGUUACUACAUAGCACACGAUAGCAAUGCGGCACUGCCGGCAGAACGUCCGAGGAAUGUAUACGGCCUUGUCCCAGCAUACGAGGAAGCAUACAAAAUAACCUACAGAGAUUGUCAGGAGUCUGCUGUUCAGCCAAGAGUUCAAGGGAGCGGUUUCUGCAGGGCGGGAAAGUGGAAGACAUGAAUCCCAACUCCCCCGGGAGGCACUAAGGAGCGGGACAGAGGUGCAGAAAACAAACGGUGAGGUCGACCUGCGGCAAAAACCCUGGCGUGCUCCAUCCCGGCCGGCCCGGCACUGUUCGGGAGCAGCGUGAAUUUCGAGUACAAACCUUAGGGGACAACUGGACCAGCAGUAAGAGAUCUAGGACUGUAACUGACAAAAAUAAACGAAUUCUGAACAAAAGCUAGUAAAUACUGUCUAUACAAUUAAUAGAAACCAGCUAUUUUCUCCACUAGCACAUGCACCACAAGGCAAGCACUACGGACCCUCCCACCUCAGCUCCAGCCCAGCUGACCGUACUGCUGGGGAAAAUGCCUGGGCCUGGGGGAGGCUGCAGCCCAGUUGCAAGCACCUGAAAUCUAGAUAAAGACCUGUAGCUGGGAUGAGACUUCUCUUUCCACAGCUGUUUUGUCUAAAUUAAAACAGAAAAACCCACACAAAUGGUCAGAAAUGUCAUCCUUAAACCCUCUGUUUCCUCAGCAGUUUGCCCUCAGCAUACUAGCAUCUCACAAAAAGUUGUCAGGUGGGCAACUUUUGUCCUCCAAUAGUGCAAAUCAGACACAACAGUCCUCCGUUCUCUUCAAGUAGACGCACACACAGACACGCACUGGAAGCAAAGCCACACACACCCAGGUCUCAGGAAGCACACAGCGUCUGGGUCACCGGCAGCCCGGCCCGCCAGGGCAGCAGGCCUGCGCCAGAGGUUUCUUUGGUACCCGAGGCAGGAAGGUUGGGCGCUUCGUUAGACAAUGUUCCGCACGCAACUCCUGCAAUCACGCUUGAGGGGCCCCGGGGACGGACACCAAGCACGUACAAAACUAGAAUGAAAAUCCCAGCGACAUGGUUUUUGCAAAUAAACCUUCUCCCUCCACAAA